AUGUCCGAUCUGAAUGAGAAGGGCUUCGCAGCUUCGCUUAGACAGGAUAUGAACACAGUGACAGACAACCCAUCAGCCACCCACACCGGACUCAACGUUCCUAGGCUCCUUCAACUUCCCGCUGAGCUUCGCAACCAUAUCUACGAGUACGUCCUUACCGCGCCUGAUGGACUUCAAUAUGAGAGACGGAAAAUUUGGGCGGAACCCCCCAAAACGUUUCUCUGUCUACCCAAGUUCGCCAGCGAAGCAAUCGAGUUCAACCAACUCAAGUACGUCAAUCGCCAGCUGUACAACGAAACGGCGGGAUUAGAGCUUAAGUUCAAUCCCAUAGCAUUUCCGUCCUGGCUCGAUGAAGACCUACCGCCACCUGGCUGCCAAUUCCUCCUGUUCAUGGGCAGACUUGACACCCCAAAACGGUCAAUUCUCAGGACGAUCAUUCUGCUCCCAGAAACUAUAUGGGGCGAAUGUUCCAUCCACGAGGAUGCAGAGGAUCUGGUCAAGAUCAACGAUUUCUGCAAAGAAAAUCCACAUGCUACUGUAAAGUACAUAUGCUCUGGAUUCUCCUAUGUCGAGCAGCCUUUCGACAAUAUUCAGAACAUCUCUACCGGGAAUUUCUUUGCCGCCGCUACGAUUCUCCUAUGGGUAUUCCGAAAACAGGAGCUCCAACUCCCUUUCAGCGCCUCGCCUUGGGAGGAUGAACUGCGGCUCGCAAAACGCUGCUCGCUACGUCACAUGUCUAAGUGCGAAGCCUUCGUGGAGAAUUUUCGAGUCUUUCCUCCAACUACAGAUUUCGAUGACGUGUUCGUUGACACAUGCCGACAAGAAUAUCAUGCGCCGGUGAUGACGAGAGAUGACGUAGACUUUCUAUUGGCUCAAGCGAGAAAGUGGAUGGAAAGUGGUCUCUGA